GCGGGAACACAGCAGCUGGCGGCAGGUGUUUGUUCCCACCCUUGAAGGCCCAGCUGAGGCUAUAUAUGGUGUUGUCUCGGUAUAUGGGGGGUGAUACCAACGACUGCCCUGAGGAGGUUCAACAUGGCACCAAAAGCUGUGUGGAGGCCUGUGCUUAUUGCUUUAGGCGUGUGUCUCGGCCUGACUGCAGCCACACCUCUUGGGCUCCGGGAGAGGGAACUGGCAGACAGAUGCAGUAACUUCCUCCUCCGCUCCUUCUUCCCGACUCUCCCCGAAACAACAGUGAGCUUGACAUGUCUGGAGUGUCUGAGUGCCACAGCAGCCCUGGACCUUUGGAUAUCGUCCGGGGCCACUGUGGAGGAGGUGGAGGACUUGGCCAUCAACGAGUGCAUUGUUCUGAACCUUUUCCCCGAAGACGUCUGCUACGGCAUGGUGAAGUUGGCCGGUCCUGAGGUAGUCUAUGUAUUCAACAACACUGAGUACUCCCACGAUACCAUGUGUGGCUGGCUGCUGGGUCUGGACUGCCAACACACCGACCUCAACCCCUGGGCCAUUGAGAUCCCCGGUGGCAAGCCUGAACCUAUACAGCCUGAACCCCAGCAGCCGACGCCAAGUGUGAUGAAGAUCCUGCACCUCUCGGACCUUCACGUGGACCUCCUGUACGACGAGGGAAGCGCUGUCGUCUGCGAACACCCGUACUGCUGCCGACAUGCCUUUGGUGACCCAGGGCUGGGGGAGGAAGCGGCUGGUCACUGGGGGGCCUUAGCUUACUGUGACAUCCCCAUACACACCCUGGAGGACCUUCUAUCCCAGGCGGCUGCGAUCACCACGCCGGAUCUUGUGUACUUGACAGGCGACCUCCCUCCACACGAUGUCUGGGCCCAGGACCACGCCACCAACCUGGCCGCCAUCGACGUCACCAAUGCCCUCAUCAAGCAGUACUUCCCCGGCAUCCCCGUCGUCAACGCUCUCGGCAACCACGCCUCGGCACCCGUAAAUAGUUUUGCCAUACCAGCCGUGUACGAGGCCGGCUGGGACAUGAGCUGGCUGUACGAUGCGCUGGCUGUCAUAUGGGCUGAGUGGCUGCCGGAGUCGUCUUUGGCUGACGUGCGGCGAGGCGGGUUCUUCACCUACUCUCCUGUGCCUGGCCUGAGGGUGGUGUCGGUCAACAUGAACUACUGCAACACUCAGAACUGGUGGCUGCUGAUGGAUAACAUAGACCCGGUGGAGGAGCUGCAGUGGCUAGUGGAUACCCUGGUGGCGGCCGAGGCUGCUGGGGAGGCCGUGCACAUCCUGGGCCACAUCCCGCCUGGAGGGGGAGACUGUGACCACACCUGGAGCCACAUCUUCAAUCAAAUAGUCUUCAGGUUUGAGUCCACCAUCCGAGGCAUGUUCUAUGGCCACACGCACGGAGACUCCUUCUCGGUGUUCUACGACCAGGACAACUACAUGCGCCCUGUGGCUGUGUCCUUCAUCAGCCCCUCAGGCACCACCGGCACCAGCCACCACCCGGCCUUCAAGGUGUUUGAGGUGGACGCUGGACACGAGGAUGCGACCUGGGCUGUCCUGGACGCUGCCGCCUACUACAUGAACAUAACAGAGGCCAACAUGGAAGGUGGCUCUCCCGUAUACAAUGUGAGGUACUCCGCCAAGGACUCGUAUGGGCUGCCUUCCUUGACCCCUGCCAGUAUGCACCAGCUGGUCCUGAACAUGGUCACUGAGGAAGGCCUUUACGAGCGCCACAGAUGGAACGUCAACAAUGAUAUGGUCGAGGUUCCUGCUGCCGGGAGCUGUGAUGCCGAAUGCCUCAAGAGUGAGCUGUGUGGGCUGGUCAAGUCUGAUUCAUCUGAUGGAACGGCGUGUCAGAACCUUCAAGACUACAUUGACUCCGUGACCUCCAGCACAAGUUCUCCCUAAAUUAUCUUGUUGGCAAAAGUUCUGUAAAUUAUCCCACCUCCCCAACAGCAGAUAAACAGCGAUACUACCACUAACAGCAUCAGAACCUUAUUUGCAUGAAGUAGUAAAAAAGUAAGGUGGUUUUGUUACAUAUAUAAUCCAUUGCAGAUAAAAGAAAGUAAGCAACUGUUCAUAUGAGGCUUUGAAAUUCUAUAUAAAAGGUGGAAAAAUAUUUGAAGUUGUACAUAAAUGAGUAAAGUGUCUAAAUUAGUGAUACAAUACAGCUUUCCAACCAUGAUAUUUUGCCUGAUGGGACAGAAGAGUGAGAGAGAGGGGGUCCUUUAUGUGUCUGGGGGGCUUGUCAACAUACUGUGGAGGGGACAUCCUGUGGGUCCCAGAGAGAGAGAGAGACUCCCAAUAUAACUGGUUUCAGCAUAACUAGAUUAUUCACAACAAUUUUCUGAAGGUGACAUCUUAAGAAAAUUGCUGUGAAUAACUCAAGUCUUUGUGCUGAAAUGUGUUGUAUUAUAUUAGGGAGAAAGAGGAGAGGUGCAGAGGGGUGGGGUGGGGUCUCUUCUCUUCUCAGUCCACAGGAGCCCUCUCUCUUCAUUGCCAAACAGGUCAUGUACCACACAGCCAGUAUUACUCUUAACAUCCCCUCUUGAUCCUGUUCGGUGAUGAAAAGUUACAUCCACUAUUACUCUUAACAUCCCCUCUUGAUCAUAAAUGGCUUAAUUACACCUUCGCCUCAGUAAAGAUAUACACAGAAAAGAAGAAACAGACCACAGAAUUGUUCCAUCAUAGCUAGUGGAAUGUUUUGUGAAAGCAACAAGUUCACUGUUCCUGUACAUCAUCUAAUAAAUGUUAAUAAUCA